CAGCUUUUAGCAUUGUUAAACUAUAUUGAUGCUCUCAUAUGAUUUCAGUAGUGAUCUGUAAUUUGUUAUUUUACAGUAUUAUAUUAAUAUCUAUUUACAUUGGUAUGAUGUAAGCAAUUUCUACUUCUACUUUAUUUGUUAGCCACAUAUUUCUCAAUCAAAAAUAUUAUCAUUUAGCUGUCAAUUAGAGCCAAACACAUUUGUUUGUAAAUAUUUUUAAAAUUAAAUUGUGACAUGCACUGAGUAUAUGAAUAUUAUUUCUUAAUGUAUCAGCCACAUAGUUACUUUUUCCUUUUUAAUAUUUGUGUAUAAUGCAGUACAUGGCCAUAAGUGCAUGCAAUUACCGUUGUACUAUAUUGUACUUUGCAAUUAACAUUUAAAAUUUAAGUGUGUUAGUGUAUACUGAAAAUAAAAUGUAAACUUGUAAUUAGUAAAGAAAGAUUAAUCCAUUAAUAAACUCUCUAUAAUGUCAUAUUUUUAAUUUAUAGAGUAGCAAUACCAAAACAAAUGACAAAAAACAGAAUGAAGUUUUUUCUGUUAAGAGUUCUCAGACAAAGUCUAUGGUUCAAGUUAAGCAGAACAAGCUCCAGAUAUCUAACAGAGAAUUCACUGCAACUCGUGCAUCAAAGAAUUGUGACAAGGAAUCUCAAACUGUUACUCUAUCUCAGAAAAGUAAGCAGAAUAUUACAACAGCAGUUUUGCCCAGGAAAAGAACAGUAAAUAAACAGAUGCCGAAUAUUAACAAGAAUAUUUCUCAGUCUGCAAAAAUUAGUAAAUCUGAAAUAAUUGUUAUCCCAGAAAUUCCCAAGAGACUAAAACGAGCUGUAGAAUUAAAUUUACAAGCAAGAUCGAAAGCUCAAAGUUUUUGGAAGAAAAACAAUGAUUAUGCUGGAAGAUUUGAGACUAAACUUUUAGAAAAUAUGGAAAUUUGGGAAGAUGGAAAUGAAUUAAAGGAAAAUUUUGAUUUAGGUCAGUUGUAUGAAAGUGAAAACUCUAAAGAAUUCAGUUUUAUGCCAAUGUGGCUCUGGCAUUGGGACAAUUCAUUUCCAGACAUCCCAGAGAUAAUUGAUUAUGGUGCCAUUGAAGAAGUGAGGCAAUUUUACAGUUUGUUGUCAGAGGUUCAAUGGCUGUGUUUUCUUCUUAAUUUAUAUAAAUCAAUUGAUGAAGUUUUUCUCAUUUGUGUCAAAUGGAUCUCAAAGACAGUAAUUAUUUGA